UUCAAUUAUAUUGUAUAAGUGUCCUUACAGAAAUAUAGACGGUGUAUACAAAGAAGGGAAGUAACAACUACUUAUUUAUUACAAGCUGCGAACCCAGAUUUAUCUUACACAAGUAGAAUAUAUAAACACGGAAGUAAAUAAUAUGCUGUCAUGGCGGUCGACGGGCGUAAACUUGGAGAAUCUAUUUACAAAGGAUCGGACGAUUUUCACGAUUUUCCAUGUUCACCUUGCUCGAAGGAAGGAAGGGAUGUUGCUGCUUUGAAACACUGUAUAGACUGUGAUGAAAAUUUGUGUACAUCAUGUCUCAAGGAUCAUAACAAGUUUUCUGCUAUGAAAGGGCACCAGAUACUGGACAAUGUGCAGCGAUCAAGUGGACAGAAACCCCAACUGCCGAGUCAGAGAUGUACCAAACAUGGAGGGAGGUUGAUAGAUGUCUACUGUCCUGAUCAUGACAUAGUCUGCUGUUCCACUUGCAUUGCUGUAGAACACAGUUCUUGCCAUGGAAUUAAAUUCAUACCUGAUGUUGCGAAAGGUGUCAGUAAAAGCAAAGAAUUUCAACAGUUUGAAGCCGAUAUGAAGAAUCUGCAAUCGAGAUAUGUCUCUUUGAUACAGAUGGAAGAUGCGGAACUACAAGCACUUCGACAAGAACAAGAAAGAAUAUGUAAGGAAAUAAGAACACUGAGAAACAAAAUCAAUAAACACUUCGAUAAAAUGGAGGAAGAACUAUUGAACGAAGUUAAUACAAAAUUUAAGCAGCAUAAACAGAAGGUAGAUAUCGACCGAAAAGAAACAGAUGAAGUUCUCGCCGAAAUACAAAGUAGAGGUCAUCAGUUAAACGAGUCGGGACACGGCAACGAAUCGGAACUAUUUGCUCUUCUGAAAUCUGGACGAAAAAAGAUUACGGAAAGUUGUAGUAUUGCAGAUAGACUUGAGCGUUCAAGGAAACCAUUGAGAUUAGAAUUACAAACUGACAGGACUAUACUGGAGAUUCUCAAGGAAAACUAUGGAAUGGCUCGUUUAACAGAAAGCUUUGUAUCCGUUUCAGUGUCCCCUCUUGGAUCAUAUAGUACAAAAGUGGACGGUGAUAAAGUUGAUUGUAGAAUCCGCGACAUUUGUUUGACGAGUGAAGGCUGUAUCUUUCUGACCGACAAUAAAAACAAACGACUGAAAAAGCUGGAUAGUGCAUAUAACGUUUUGUCAUGUUUGGAUCUACCCGAUUCUCCAUUCGGGGUCUGUCGUAUUGACGGCAAGCAAAUCGCAGUAACUCUUAUAGAUAUAAAGAAAGUCCAGUUUGUACUUAAUACAGAACCAAUGAAAAUGCAAACGUCAUUCAGUGUUGGUGAUCGCUGUCGAUCAAUAGCACAUAACAGUGGAUUAUUGUAUGUCUGCUGUGGAGGUUGGGAAGACAAAAAAGAAGGUCCUGGUCGUCUAGAAAUUUACACCAUUGAUGGCAUGUUGCUGAGAUCAUUUUUCAGUUCAUUGGAAGUUCCCCUUUAUGUAGAUAUUUUCAACAAUGGAAGAGAGAUUUAUGUUUCUGAUUGGAAAAAUGGGCUUGUUGUCUUAGACAAAUACGGAAACAAUCUACUCCGCUAUAGAUAUGAAGAGAAAAAGGAAACAUAUGGACUCUGCAGGCUUACUGACAAUAAAAUUUGCAUUGCUUUUUACGAGUACAACGAAGUCGUCGUUGUGACAAAUGAUGGAGGACAACAGCAACUAAUUCUCACAAAGAAAGAUGGAGCUGAAAUACCAACAGCAUUGUGUUAUGACAGAAAGCAUUCGAGACUGAUAAUGGCCAGUGGUGAACUUCGAAAUAAAAUACAAGUAUUCCAACUUGAAUGUUAAUCUGCCCCGGAAAUUGAUUGCAAGGGAAACAUAAUCAUACAAUUCGUGUAAAUAGCAGCCUUUGAUUUUACAAAUGAAAAUUUUAUUUAAAAUCUAUUUAUUUAUUUUGUUGGGUUUAAGGUCGCACCGACACAAUUAUAGGUCAUAUGGAGAGUUUCGAGCUUUGAUGGUGGAGGAAGACCCCAGGUGCCCUUCGUGCAUUAAUUCAUCACGAGCGGGCACCUGGGUAGAACCAAACUCGAACGCAGUGAUCUCCCUUACCGCUUCGCUCAUUGAUCACUGCCACCACAACAUUCACGUGACCAUGGUUCAUCACCAAACUCCAACGCAGUGAUCUCCCUUACCGCUGAGCGAAGCGGUAAGGGAGAUCACUGCGUUGGAGUUCGGGGUAGAACCGCCGACCUUCCGUAAGCCAGCUGGAUGACUUCCUCACAGUUUUAUAGUUUAUUUACGUCUCAUUUAUUUACAAACAUAUAAAUUCACAUACAGCAUAAAACAAUUGUAUUGUAAAUGACCGUUCUUACAUGAACUACAAGAGACAAUAUACAUAUUCAAAUGUGCUUUUAUAAAACCAGUAUGAAUAAAUUCUCUGUUCAAGGUGAAACUAGCUAAAAGCUGAGAGUUGCAAAUCAAAUGAGUAAGUUAAGAGAGUACAUGAAUAUAUGAAUGUGGUGCAACUGACUGAGUGAGUACAUAAUACAUGUACUGCUGUUGAGUGAGUACAUGAUUUAACUGACCAAGUGAGUACAUGAAUACAUGUACAGAUGUUGAGUGAGUACAUGAAUGCACAAAGUUGAGUAACUGACCGGUUAAAUACAUGAAUUCACACGAAGAAUUCUACGCCCCGAGUGAGGCUCGAACCCAAAUCGAUGAGGGGCAAGUGAUUUGAAGUCAGCGACCUUAACCACUCGGCCACGGAGGCUCCUAUAAAAGAAAAAUGAAAUCGCGUUUGAAUUAUUAUAUCCUUCUUUCCUUCAAUACAUAUCCGAGACAGAAAAUAAACUUUUAGCGCAGUUUCUAAGUAUUAUAUAAAACAUUCCAUAUGUUUAACUACAUUCUCUGAGAGACGUAGAUUCCAGCUUAAGUGUUGAGAAUUCACCUGCUAGCAUGUGAUUUGUGAACAGACAAUGUGUCUGAAAUCUUUCGUCCUCCACCUCUGAUUUAUGUGGGGAAGUUGGCAGUUAUUGCGGAGAACAGAUUUGAUACAAAAUCCAAGAACACUGGUUAGGUCAACCGUCCGCCGCUACAUAACUGAAAUACUGUUGAAAAACGGCAUAAAACCCAAAACAAAACAAAACAAAAAAACUUAUCGCAUGUAACAGGCCAGCGGUUAGAUCCAUGACACUGCCUUAUCUUUCUCGUCACUUUGCUUUAGCGUUUUCAGCUCACCUGAGCCAAAGGCUCAUGGUGAGCUUUUGUGACCCGUCAAUGUCCGUCGUCAGUCGUGCGUCGUGUGUCCGUCAACAUUUUCUAAAAAAAUCUUCUUCUUGAAAACCACUGGGCAGAAUUACACCAAACUUCACAAGAAUGAUCCUUGGGUAGUCCCCUUUCAAAAUUGUUCAAAGAAUUGAAUUCCAUGCAGAACUCUGGUUGCCAUGGCAACCGAAAGGAAAAACUUUAAAAAUCUUCUUGUCCAAAACCACCGUGCCUAGGGCUUUUAUAUCUGGUAUGUAGCAUCAUCUAGUGGUCCUCUACCAAAGUUGUUCACAUUAUCACCCUAAGGUCAAAUAUGGCCCCGCCCCGGGGGUCACAUGGUUUAUAUAGACUUAUAUAGGGAAAACUUUGAAAAUCUUCUUGUACAAAACCACCUGGCCUAGGGCUUUGAUAUUUGGUAUGUAGCAUCAUCUAGUCGUCCUCUACCAAGAUUUGUCAAUUUAUCUCCCUAGGGUCAAAUAUGGCCCCGCCUCGGGGGUCACAUGGUUUAUAUAGACUUAUAUAGGGAAAACUUUGAAAAUCUUCUUGUACAAAACCACACGGCCUAGGGCUUUGAUAUUUGGUAUGUAGCAUCAUCUAGUCGUCCUCUACCAAGAUUAAUCAAACUAUCCCCCUAGAGUCAAAUAUGGCCCCGCCCUGGGGGUCCCAAAUUUUACAUGGACUUAUAUAGGAAAAAAAGUUUAAAAAUCUUCUUGUCUGAAACCACAACACUUAGACCUUUGAUAUUUGGUUUGUAGCAUUGUCUUAUGGUCCUCAACCAAACUUGUUCAAAUUGUACCCCUUGGCUGAAAAGAGGCCCUGCGGGGGUCUCAUGUUUAUGUAGACUUAUAUAGGAAAAAGCAUUAAAAAUGUUUUUGUCUGAAACCAUACGAUCUAGGCUUUUGAUAUUUGGUAUGAUGCAUUGUCUAGUAGUCCACUACCAAAUUUGUUCAAAUUAUGCCCCUGGGGUUAAAAAAGGCCCCGCCCUGGGGUCACUUAGUUAUUAUGUGAGUUAUAUAGGGAAAAGUACUUAAAAAAUCAUCUGAUCCUAUUUCCAAGACGGUUUAAUUAUAAUUACCUGAUGACCCCAAGUAAUAUGAUGUCACUUGACUUUGACCUUGACCUACUGACCUACUUCCUUGUUUUUUAAGAUACAGCCUUGAAAUUUUGAUGACAUACACAGUUUUGCACACAAAUUGUAAAACUGAAUUUCAUCGAUCAUGCAUGUGACAUACUGACUUUCUUAAUAUUUUAUCAUCAGUUUGACAUUUGAAACAUGUAGCUCAUAUUGAGCUCAGGUGAGCGAUCCAGGGUCAUCAUGACCCUCUUGUUAACAAAAUUGUAGUUCUUUGAAUUUCGAAACUUCUUGGCAAAAAUAAAAUCUUUUGACAAAACUCUUGUGACGUUUUCGUUUAAGACUAUGACCAGGAAAUAUGGAUUCCCUGUAUAGUAUUUAACUGGAUAAACUUAACAUUUCGUUGUUCCAUGUACUUAAAAUAAAAUCUUCAUAUCAUUGGUGCGAAAUCCGUGACUGACGUAGAACUACCGAAGACGAUGUCGUGAGUGACAGCAAGUGCACUGUCAUUAUUCUCUCACUCCUGAUGUGGGUAAAUUGUCACUAAUUUAAUAUCUUAUUGAAAAACAACAUUGAAAAUGAGAAAACAGAACCGAACUUAAUUUCAAUACCCUUGUUUGUCUCAUUUGUUUGGCUAAACAUUUUCAACAGUAUUUCAGUUACACAACAAUGGUCCGAUCACCCAUCCACCCUUUGUGUAUUCUGUACCAGUUCUGAUGUACUUGUUCUCCGGAACAUGUCUACAUGACUCAGAGGUGGAGGAUGAAUGUUUUCUGUCAAGUAGAGCAUUUACCACACCCGUCGAUUGAAGUCGCGACCUCUCGAUGCAUAGUCUUGUGCUUUACCUUCUGAACUUACCAGCACAAAAACUGUGGCAUAUACUGGAACUGAAACAAUGUUAAUAUGAAGCACAUCGAUAAUCAUACAAGUGAAGUAUGUUUCCAUUAAGAUAAUUGCUGGGAAGAAAUAAUUUUGAUAACGUAUAUCGUGUUUAAGGUGGUUUAUCAGAUUUUUCUCAAGUAAUUAAAUUGUUUGUUCAAAACUUUAAGCACCUGAUCGUUUACACCUAUUUUUGUUCACAGAGUGCUUUAUUACAUGUACAUGGGUAUAUUUUUCAAAUUUGAUUUUCCUAUCUUGGUUGCCCAUUGCCCAACCAAGAUAGAGUUAUUUUAUAUAUUAUAAAGCACAAAUAUAAAUUUAUAAGCAUGCUUUGGCUAAGUAAUAAUAUGGAUAUAGGAACUAUUGUAUUAUAUUUGUCAAGGAUUUGCAUUAGCAACUGAAAUUCAUUAGAAAAGUGUUAUUACCUUUCUUUGCCUAUCUUCUUUGUUUAACCAAGAUAUAUUGGAAAUAAAAGAAUUCUGGAACUA